ACAGCGCAAACUCAGCCUGUAUAACUACCCAAACCUUUCACAUGUUGAUCACUUCACUUUAGAAGUGAGAGAGAAAGUUGAGUUCCUUUGAAUAGAAGCCAUGGUCUCCUUUCAAGCACUCCCAUCUCCAAACGGGAAAAAGUUAAUCCCGGGGCUUGAUGAUUCAUCAAAGAAGAGAAAGUGGGAAGAUCCGCAAACUGAAGGGAUCCUCGAGAAAAGAUCAAAUCCAGAAAGCAGAAAAUCCUUCUUUGAAAUCGAGCUGCACCUUGAGACUCCAUUACCUCUGGAGUGGCAAAGAUGCCUCGAUAUUCAGUCAGGGCAGAUACAUUUCUAUAAUACAAGGACCCAUAAGAGAACAUCAAGAGAUCCAAGGGGAAGCCCCGAACCACCAAGUCCUGAUCAUGAUAUGAGCUUAGAACUUGAGCUAAACCUACCAUACGAUCAAUCACAAAGGAAAAGCUAUACACACGACCAUAUUACAAAGCAGAAUCCUGGUGGCUCCAUCAGGGGUUUUGGUGAUUUGUUCAAGGAAUCUAGCAGAGAUAAUGGGAGUUCAGGAGGACUAACACGGCGUCCAUCGUGGUUAGCAUUUGAAAAGGAUCAGCAAGAAAUGCUAGCGAUAGUUUGCACAAAGUGCCACAUGUUGGUGAUGCUUUGCAGGUCCUCUCCUACCUGCCCUAACUGCAAAUUCCUGCAUCCACUAGAGCAAAGCCCUCCUAAACUAUUCAAGCAAAGGCUUAGCCUCUUUUGCUAAUUUUCAGGGAGAAAAAAAUCAAAGCCAGGUUUGAAGUUUUAGGAUGCUAAACACUUGAUGGAGUUCCUUAAUUCCCUUAAUCAACAUGAAAUUAAGGGCUAGGAUCGUACAUCUAGCUAGAGGUGUCGCUACAUAAUAACUUUUAGCUCUUCGGUCUCUAUUGAAAAAUGACUGCUCUGUGUGUGUGUGAGAGAGAGAGUAUUAUCAGUGGGACUAUUUAACUUGUAUGGUGUAAAAAACUAUGAGAAUAUACAAAUGUUCUAAUAAUUAAUGUACAAAUUAAGUUUGAGGGAUCGGA